GCUCAGGGACCUGUGGACAACUCACCCGGCUGUAAUGGCUGCAGGCCCCCGGACCUCCCUGCUCCUGGCUUUUGCCCUCCUCUGCCUGCCCUGGCCCCAGGAAGUGAGUGCCUUCCCCACCAUGUCCUUGUCCAGCAUGUUUGCCAACGCUGUGCUCCGGGCCCAGCACCUGCACCAACUGGCUGCUGACACCUACAAAGACUUUGAGCGCUCCUACAUCCCAGAGGGACAGAGAUACUCGAUCCAGAACGCCCAGGCUGCCUACUGCUUCUCGGAGACCAUCCCGGCCCCCACGGGCAAGGAGGAGGCCCGGCAGAAAUCCGACACGGAGCUGCUCCGCUUCUCGCUGCUACUCAUCCAGUCGUGGCUCGGGCCCAUGCAGGCCCUCAGCAGGGCCUUCACCAGUGGCCUGCUGUUGGGCAUCUCCAGCGGCGUCUACGAGAAGCUGAAGGACCUGGAGGGCUGAGUUUCUGUCUCUCCUUCCCUUUUGCAGGAGCUGGAAGAUGGCAGCUCGCAUUCGGGGCUGAUCCUCACGCAAACCUACGACAGGUUUGACACAAACUUGCGUAGUGGUGACACUGUGCUCAAGAACUACGGGCUGCUCUCCUGCUUCAAGAAGGACCUGCACAAGGUUGAGACGUACCUGCGGUUCACCAAGUGUCGCCGCUUCAUGGAAAGCGGCUGUGCCUUCUAGCAGCUGGCCAUCUCUGUGACCCUCCCCAGUGCCUCCCCUGACCCUGGAAAGGGUCCCUCCAGUGCCCACCAUCCUUUCCUAAU